GCGGACGACAGUGUCAGUCUGCGCAGCAGCGCGUUGCGUUGCUUAGCUGGAGUGGUGAGGCCGAGAAUCCUGCCGGGUGGCAUCGCUUUGAAGCGAAGGUCUGGGCGAGGGAACGCCCGAAUAAAGAGCCAGGAGCAAGAGCCGGGACGUUUUCUCCUCGGGGAAGAGGAAGGCGGAAACGAAAAACGUCCACGCCCGGAUAAACUCGACGAUUUCUCAUCCGUCAACUCCGACCUGUCAACGACGACGUUUCCUCGGCUCCGCGAAAAAUGGCCCCAUCGUGCUACGAGGUGAUCCUCGUCGGCUUCAUCCUCGUGCUGCCGUUCCUCUACGAGACCAGCCGCACCUUCCGCUACUACUUCAAGUUCCUGGUCUAUUACGGCCUCGUGAUGAUGAACGCGAUCCUCCUGAUGCCCUUCAUCUCGCUGCGACCUGGCAACGUUAAGAAUUUUCUGUGGGCAUCGGCGCUGUGCCAGCCCAUUAGCACUCUGCUGGGAUUGCGCUGGGAGCUCAGAGGCAGGGAACACCUGGAGGAAGACAGGGCAUGCAUAAUCGUGGCGAAUCAUCAGAGCUCGUUAGACGUCCAGGGGAUGUUUCAUCUGUGGCCAGUGAUGGACAAGUGCACCGCCGUCGCCAAAAAAGAGAUCUUUUACGCGUGGCCAGUCGGCCUUGGUGCAUGGCUGUCCGGUCUAAUUUUCAUCGACAGAAUGAAUUCCGAGAAAGCACGAUCCGUGCUCAAUUCUGCCACAAAAGAACUCAAGACCAAGAAGAUGAAGCUGUGGAUAUUUCCCGAAGGCACCAGGCACAACACCGGUGAGAUACAUCCCUUCAAGAAGGGUGCCUUCCAUAUCGCAAUCACGUCGCAAUUGCCUAUACUACCGGUUGUAUUCUCUUCUUAUUAUUUCUUGUCCGCGGAAGAGAAGAGAUUUGAUUCUGGACGCGUUCUCAUAACAACAUUACCACCAAUCUCUACGGAGGGACUCAGCACCGAUAAUGUCGAAGAAUUGUUGGAGAAAACACGAAGUGCCAUGAGCGAGGUACUUCACACGAUGAAUCGCGAGAUCCAGCUAUCCCUCGCUGCCGGGGAAUAAGAGAGACUAAACAGAUACUCUUUUACAAGAGUAGCGAAUAAGCCUCCGCGCGGGAACCAAAAACUAAGUAUCUGCUUAACAUUCUCUUAUGAUAUUAUUUUAAUUUAUAUUUCAACAUCUUUAAAGAGUAAAGAGAGGUAGCGUUAAAUUUUAUAUACACAAUAUACAUUGUACACAUUUCUUAUUCUCUUUCGUAAAAGACCCCGCACAUUUUAUGUGAAAAAAGUGGCUUCGUCAAAUUGGCUGAAAUUGAAAUAUGUUGUAGCUUAAAUGGUGCUGAUUGAAAGUUCCCUCGGGCAAAAAAUCCAAAAAUCAAAAGUACAAAAGAUGCGAUGAUUCGAAGAGGGAAACUUUAAUCCAUUUCAAAUUAUUGUAUUUUUUAUAUUUUUGAUUUUUGAGCUUUUUGCCCAAGGAAACUUUUAACCAGCAUCACUUAAACUACAAUAUAUUUCAAUUUCAAUCGAUUUGACCGAAGGCACUUUUUUCAUAUAAAAUGUGCGGGGUUCCUUAUUAUUUUAUUUUUAGUACACAAACCGAAAGUUUAGAUAGCUUUUUCUGUAAUUCUUUCGUUCACGUAGCUAGUUACCGAGGUUCUUAUCAUUAUAGUUACCUAAUUCUUAUCAUUGAUGUACAAACGUCACUCGCUAUACAUAAAAAUUCGUAGAUAUAUCUAUA